AGAGUCCCGGGUGCAGCCAGCCGGAGCCCUGGUGUGGGCGUACUCCGAACGUGGGAUACGCAUCUUUUCAGGACUCUCGACCACCUUUGUAGAAUCAGCAUGGGACGGCUCGGAGCGCUUGGGCUGGCGGGAGACCGGGGUUGCAGGCAGGCCGCGGCUCUGCCCUCCUCUCGGCUGAUUGACGCUUGCUGGGUCCGUAGUGGAGCCACCUCCGCGGUGACCUGGAUCAUAGGACGUACCCAGAGUCUCCCCUCAGCUACAGAGACCUGCACCGCAAUCAUAAGGAGCUCCAAACAUCGCACCCCUAACAGGGCCACGGUUCUCUGAUUCAGAGAACUGCUGAUGGGCUCGCUUUUCUCAAUCGCUGUGGUCUGAAGUUCGUAGUUAGAAGCCAGUUUAUUCACCACACACUAGCCAGAAACUGCCCUGUAAAAGUGAACACCUGACAUGGACAGUCUCCUGCUUAAAACCCUUCAGGAGCUCCCAGUGUGUUUAAUAUAAAAUCCAAACACCUUUCCAAAGCUCACACUUAAUCUCGUAUCAUUUCUUCUGCUCACACUCUUUUCAGUCACUCAAGUUUUUGUCAGUUUUUGCUUAUGCACCAAGUUCUUUCCACAUUAAGGGUUUUUCUUGGAAUAGUUGGGGUAAGGAUUCCUGAAAUAUAAGUACUACUCUUCCUCAACUUUUAACCUGGGUUAUCUUGCAGGUCUCAAAUGCCGCCUUCCUCAGCGAGCCUUUCCAUAACCUUGUUACUCUCAUAGGCAUCUUGUGUAUUUCCUUUCUUGCAUUAUAGUCUGUAAUUUUUUAUAUUUGGUUUCUCCCCCAUUAGAGACUAAUAUUUAGGAGGCCAGGGACCUACUCUGUCUUGUUUAUGGUUGUCCUCCAGUCCCUAACACAGUGCCUUGGCAUAUAGAAGAUACUUAGUAAGUUUUGAAUGAAUGAACCAAACAUCAGCUUUGUAAUCUGACCAGUUGGAGCUUGGCAUGGUUCAAGUUCACAUCUCUUGGAGAAUGAGAGGGUCAUAAUAUCUCUUGAAUCUGGAGUGUGGGCUCCUUAGGGAGAGGACAGAUCAUAAUAAUAGAUGAAGGGAUUUAUCUGUAGAACAUGUAGUGCUCACCCAAAGAGGUUACAGGACAUGGUUCCCAUCCUCAAGCAUUCAUUUAGAUUUAUGUGAAACCAAUGACUUCUCUACAGUUAUAACCUUAGCAACAAUGCAAACAAAAAGGGAAUCCCCCAAAUUAAAGUUCUUUACUACACUCUUAAGCUUUAAACGACUUUAGAAUUGAUUCCACAUGGACCACAGGGUAAGGGUUUCUGGAUCCUCCAGAGUGUGGACCCUACCAGCAUGUUUGACUCCUUCAGUUUCAUGUCAGCUGAACUGAUUUAUUCACUGUGCAUGACUGUCUAAACCUGUCUAAUCUGGUGUAGUGCCCUCUCCUCACGCCCACUCCUCACGCCCACCUAAAAUCUACUCAUCCUUUAAGCCUUCCCUGAACAUUCAGCAAGUCGUCAUUUCUUUCUACAGCAUUUGUUGGACAAAAUUUUCUAAAGCACAUUACAGAUUCUGGUAGUUCUAGAUACUCUGUCUUUUUAAAAGAAAUAUGAGAUGUGCAGAGCUGAGUCUAGCAAUGCUUUUCAUACUAGGUUGCAACCCAUUGGUGAGUUAUGACAUCCAAUUUAGUGGAUCAUGAUCAGCAAUUAAAUAAAAUUGAAAUAGGAUGAAAUACAUCAGGGCCUUGACCAUAGGAAGGCUAAAUAUUAUUUUUUGAAACUUUAUAUUUGUGUGUGCAUAUAUUGUGUCCCUCUGUAAAGUACAUUUCUUGCUGGGGUUGUCAGAAUGUUUGAGAGCCACUAGAUUAGAGGAUAGAUAUGCUAAGAUUUUACAAGUAGUGUUUUACUAAAAGACAAAUUGACAUCUUUGAAUCAGGCUAGUGACUGCCUGAGUCUUUUCAGAAAAGAAUGUUUUCCAUCUUCUUGUAUGAGAAUUCAAUGUUUAGUCUAGAUAAUUUCAAAUGAAAGUAACUCUGGCCAAUAAGAUGCCUCAGGAAUGUUUAGGGGACCUCCACCACAAAAACAAGCAGGUUUCCUGAAGAUGGAUCAGUGUUUAACAAGAAAUGAAGGAGAGUGGAGCACUUGCUGUUUUCUAAAUGGAGCUGAUUAGCACCAUGAAGGUCUUCUGUGGGCGAGCCAAUCCGACCACAGGAUCCGUGGAGUGGCUGGAGGAAGAUGAGCACUAUGAUUACCACCAGGAGAUUGCCAGAUCUUCUUAUGCUGAUAUGCUGCAUGACAAAGACAGAAAUGUAAAAUACUACCAGGGUAUCCGGGCUGCUGUGAGCAGGGUGAAGGAAAGAGGACAGAAAGCCUUGGUUCUUGACAUUGGUACCGGCACGGGACUCUUGUCGAUGAUGGCGGUCACAGCAGGUGCUGACUUCUGCUAUGCCAUCGAGGUUUUCAAGCCCAUGGCUGAUGCUGCUGUGAAGAUUGUAGAGAAAAAUGGCUUCAGUGAUAAGAUUAAGGUUAUCAACAAGCAUUCCACAGAAGUGACCAUAGGGCCAGAUGGUGACAUGCCAUGCCGUGCCAACAUCCUGAUCACAGAGCUGUUUGACACGGAACUGAUUGGGGAGGGAGCGCUGCCCUCCUAUGAGCACGCACACAGGCAUCUCGUGCAGGAAAAUUGCGAGGCAGUGCCUCACCGAGCAAACGUCUAUGCUCAGCUGGUGGAGUCCAGAAAGAUGUGGUCAUGGAACAAGCUGUUUCCCAUUCAUGUUCGGACCAGACAUGGAGAGCGGGUCAUCGUUCCCCCGCCAGAAAUGGAGAGGUGCCCUGGCGCACCCUCUGUCUAUGACAUUCAGCUGAACCAGGUGUCACCCACUGACUUCACUGUCCUCAGCGACGUGCUGCCCAUGUUCAGUGUGGACUUCAGCAAACAAGUCAGUAGCUCAUCAGCCUGCCAUAGCAGGCAGUUUGAACUUCUGGCUUCUGGCCGAGCUCAGGUGGUUCUCUCCUGGUGGGACAUUGAGAUGGACCCUGAAGGGAAGAUCAGAUGCACCAUGGCCCCCUUCUGGGCACACGCAGACCCACAGGUGCUCCAGUGGCGGGACCACUGGAUGCAGUGUGUGUACUUCCUGCCACAAGAGGAGCCGGUCGUCCAGGGCUCAGCCCUCUGCCUGGUAGCCCACCAUGAUGACUACUGUGUGUGGUACAGCCUUCAGAGGACCAGCCCAGAAAAGAAUGGGAGAGUCCACCCAAUGCGCCCCGUGUGUGACUGCCAGGCUCAUCUGCUCUGGAACCGGCCUCGCUUUGGAGAGAUCAAUGAUCCGGACAGAACUGAUCAAUAUGUCCAGGCCCUGAAGACAGUGCUGAAGCCAGACAGUGUCUGCCUGUGUGUCAGCGACGGCAGUCUGCUCUCCAUGCUGGCCUAUCACCUCGGCGCGGAGCAGGUAUUUACAGUAGAGAGUUCAGCAGCUUCUCAUAGACUGAUGAAAAAAAUCUUUAAAGCUAACCACUUGGAAGAUAAAAUUAAGGUAAUAGAGAAACGGCCGGAAUUAUUAACAUCUGCAGACUUGGAGGGUAAAAAGGUCUCUGUGCUCCUGGGUGAGCCAUUCUUCACCACCAGCCUGUUGCCGUGGCAUAAUCUGUACUUCUGGUAUGUGCGGACUGCUGUGGACCAGUACCUGGGGCCUGGUGCUGUGGUGAUGCCCCAGGCUGCCUCACUGCAUGCUGUGGUCGUGGAAUUCAGGGACCUGUGGCGGAUCCGGAGCCCCUGUGGUGACUGUGAAGGCUUCGAUGUGCACAUCAUGGAUGAUAUGAUUAAGCGUGCCCUGGACUUCAGGGAGAGCAAGGAGGCCGAGCCCCACCCACUAUGGGAGUACCCAUGCCACAGCCUCUCUGAGCCCCAGCAGAUCCUGACCUUUGAUUUUCGACAGCCAGUCCCCCUGCAGCCUGUCCGUGCUGAGGGCUCCAUCAAACUGAGGAGGCCCGGGAGGAGCCAUGGGGCCGUCCUGUGGAUGGAAUACCACCUGACCCCGGACAGCACGGUCAGCACCGGCCUCCUGAAGCCUGCAGAGGACAAGGGGGACUGUUGCUGGAACCCACACUGCAAGCAGGCCGUGUACUUCUUCAGCACCAUACUGGGCCCCAGAGCACCAUCGGGUGACCCUCAGGCAGUCAGCUAUGUCGUAGAGUUCCACCCCCACACCGGAGAUGUCACCAUGGAUUUCACACUCUCAAACACCCCAGAUGAUGGGCACUGACCCUCACUCGUUGAGAAAUAAAGUGACCUGUGGGGCUCCGGGCUCUGAA